CUUGCUUUCAGUUGAGAUUUGCGUUCUCCAGUGGAAAGUGGGUUUGCGCUUUCUUCGGGUUUUUUUUUUACUUUUCGUUGUAAUGAUUUGAGCCAAAUAUCUAAUAUCGGACGUUUCGUUUGCUUUUUGUUUUCCAGUGUUAUGAGUCUCCGAGUUUUAAUUAAAUUAUCGAAUUGAUUGUUAGUUUGUCAUUGCUGGUAUGUUUGUUUUUGCCCCGUUCAAAAUGUCCCGGGCAAGGUUUGCGGUCGCGUUUUGCGCUGGCGGAGGAAGUGGUGAUGGUGUUCGCCAAGAUCUAUAAGGAAAAAGGGGUGUUCAGGCCAACUCCGUUUCUGCUUUUGCUUGCUGCUGUUGCUGGCCUUUCAGGUUGACGGAUAGGAAAGAAGCAUAUUUAGCUAAUAAGAAGUUUCUGUGUGCAAGCGCAUUCAAGUGGUGUGAGUGAGAAGAAAGAAAAAAAGCAUUUGAGCAAGUGACGGAAGAAGUCUGGAAGAAGAGUGGUCUCCGUGUUUUGUUGUGUUGGCUAUCCUCCUUUGACCAAGAAGAGAGUCCAGUUUUCGAAUGCUGUGAGCAAAGAGACAGGAAUAAUCAAAUAUUGAACUACGAUAACAGACGAGUGGUUGCGUUGUGUUGCGUUGCGUUUAUCCGUCGAAAAGGCCAACGAAAUAAAGAAGUGCGGAGAAAAGAAGGUGGUUGCAUUUAUUGUUGUGUUGGUGUCAAUCCCUGUUGGCUUACUGCUGGCCGUCGUGGAAGUUUGUUGCUGUUGUGUGCGGUAGCCGCCUCAGUGCGAAGGGUCGCAAAAUUCCGGUGUUUCAAGAACAAGGUGCUGUUUGGAUGGAAGUCGCCAGCGCAGACUGGGGGCGGUAGUGCUGCUUUCGGCUGGACGGCACUUGUUUUUGCAGCGAUAAAGAGAAAAUAUAACAGAUAGCAGCACACAGGGCCGACGAUAGCAAUGCUAAGGUUUUUGAGUCGACGGAAGACCCGGAAUUUGCCCGGGUCGGAAACAGCCAGCAGUCAAAUCAAAUCACAACGGAUUCCAACAAACAAGAAUUUAAUCCCAUGUCGGGUUAUAUUGCUGGAUAACACGGAUUUGCCGGUGGAUUUAUCGAAAAAAGCCAUGGCGAGUGAUUUGUACGAGCAAGUCUUUUACUCGUUGGAUCUGAUCGAAAAGGACUAUUUCGGGUUGCAAUUCACCGACGCCAACAACGUCAAGCACUGGCUAGAUCCGACCAAGGCGAUAAAAAAGCAGGUCAAAAUUGGUCCUCCUUACACUCUUCGGUUAAAGGUGAAGUUCUACUCCUCCGAACCGAAUACGCUUCGCGAGGAACUCACGCGGUACCAGUUCUUUCUCCAGUUGAAGCAGGAUCUCCUGGAGGGCAAACUGGACUGUCCAGAUCCGCAGGCAGCAGAGCUGGCCGCCUUGGCAUUACAAUCUGAACUUGGCGACUAUGACGAGAGCAUCCACACUGCGGCGACGGUGUCCGAGUUUCGCUUCGUGCCCAACCAGACGGAGGACCUCGAAAUCAUGAUCUUGGAAGAGUACAAAAAAUGUAAUGGGCUAACGCCCGCUCAAGCGGAAACCAGCUUCCUGAACAAGGUCAAAUGGUUGGAUAUGUAUGGAGUGGACAUGCAUACGGUUUUGGGAAAAGACGGAUGCGAGUAUCAUCUGGGUCUUACGCCAACUGGGAUUCUAGUUUUCGAGGGCAUUCAGAAAAUUGGUCUCUUUUUCUGGCCCAAAAUCGGGAAGCUGGAUUUCAAGAAGAAGAAGCUAACACUGGUGGUAGUGGAGGAUGACGAUCAUGGCCGGGAACAGGAGCACACGUUCGUGUUCCGGCUGCACAACGAGAAGGCAUGCAAGCACCUGUGGAAGUGUGCCAUCGAGCAUCAUGCUUUCUUUCGGCUUCGUACCCCGGUGAAAGGACCCUCGGCCAGGCAGAACUUUUUUCGCAUGGGCUCCCGCUUUAGGUACUCUGGUAAAACCGAAUUUCAGACAACGCAGCAGAAUCGAGCCCGGCGAACGGUGCAAUUUGAGCGGAGACCGUCGCAGCGAUUCGCACGGCGACAGUCUCAUGUGCUACGCGAGCGACAGAAACAAAUCAGUCCUGAUUUGCAGCAGCAGCAGUCAUCCACGGACGAUGCCCAGAAUUCCACCUCCGGAACAUCGACACCAUCAGCGAACACGGUGAUUCACAAUCACAUAUCUGUUUCGAGUGGUUGUAGCGCGUCAGAUAUGGGAGCGCAGACAGUGAACGGGAAUCUGCCGUCUAUCAGCUCAAAUAAGUCCGUUUCUUCCAGCGAAGAUGUUACUUAUGGCAAGAUGGGAUCCUUCGGCAAGGCCGGAAUUCCGUACAAACCUGAGGAACCGGUUGGAAAACUCAUUGAUCACGACGUUACCUUCCUACGAACACCAGGUCAUCAUCUGGGAGGAUCCUUCGGCAAAGCUUCGAUCAGCUCUGGCUUCAGUAUUAAAACCAAUUCCUCGGAUCGAGAUAGUCAGAUAGACACACUGAUGAAAACCAUCGCGAAGGAUCCGUCACCUUGCUUGCACGGUGUGGAAUUGAACGAUGCUAGUAGUUUUAAGAUUACCGUCAACAAGACCUCCGAACUUGAGUCUAACAACGAUACGCUGAAAAAGUUGGCCACCAGCCCAACGGAGAAACCCAACAAUCAAAUCAAACUCUCGAAUGCGGCCGUAACGACACUGCCGCCAGGACAAAUCAAGUGCAAUAUUUUGAAAGCGCGAGUAGAGGAAGAACUGCAUCCGAAACUUACCAAUCAUCAGUUAUACAUACCGUGCCAAACGUUGAAUGACGGACCAGAUUCACUGGGCGCAGCAACAUUCGUCUCGGUGCUGAAAGACUGCCAGAAGAUGUACAAUAAGCUUGUGUGCCUGGUGGCACUUACCGGCCUCUGGCUGGCCUGUUCGGAGCUAGCUCCGAAACUGGAAACCGCAAAGCAGUGGAGCCUGCUAACAUAUAACUUCCCCUGGGAUUACCCUGCCUCGAACAAGGAAUUCAACAGCCCGGAAAACAUAGUCGCGACAGGGAUGGAGGUAGGCUACGAUCGUAUAUUCAUCGCAACACCACGUCUGUUCAGUGGAGUGCCAGCAACGCUGUCAUCCAUUCCACGAGGGACCCAGGGCGAUUCGCCAGUUCUACAGGCCUUCCCGGAGUGGAGUCACCACACCGCUGGUACCAAAGAAUACAACUGCUCGGACAUCGGACUCGUGUCAGUGUACCGAAUACGGAUCGAUUCAUGCAAUCGACUCUGGGCAUUGGAUGCUGGGGUUUCCCGCUCACUCGAAGAUUUUGAAGUAACCUGUCCGCCGAAGAUCCUGGUGUACGAUCUGCACACCGAUCAGGUCGUAAGGAGGAUCGAUUUUCCACCAGAAGUCGUUCGUCGUGAUUCUUUGUUCACUAAUAUUAUCAUUGAUGAGAAUACCGCGCGACCUGAGAACACUUGCGAUGAUGUGUUCGUCUACAUUACCGACACCGUUGCACCAGGCAUCGUCGUCUAUGACAGCGGAAAAGAUCUCACAUGGCGUGUGAGUCACCCGGCAAUGUAUCCCGAUCCAGAUUUCGCCGAGUCAGCCAUUCUGGAACAUCGAUUUACCCUCAUGGAUGGUGUUGUGGGGUUAGCCUUCGACCAAGAAUCAGGAAUUGUUUACUUCCAACCAUUAGCUACCGAUAGACUGUUCUCUGUAACUUCAGCAGCGCUUCGUUCGGGUCCGCUACCGUUCGGAAAGGACCUACCGGUAAAACUGGUUGGUCGCAAAUCUUCUCAGGGCAUUGCACUUGCCACUUCACCACGUGGAGGGACAGUAUUCUACUCACCAUUCACGGAAACAGCGGUAGCCUCGUGGAAUCCACGAACCAACGAACAUAGAAUUCUCGCUCAAGAUCAGCAAAGUUUGCAGUUUGCAGCCGACAUCCGUACCCCUGCCCGAGACCCAAAUGCCCUUUACAUAUUGACAUCGAAAUUCCAUCGAUACUUCCUCAAAAACCUGGACGCCAAUGAGUUCAACGUUCGAAUCCUGCGAAUCGAUGGUGUCGUUUCUCCAAGCACCCCAUCGGCACCAGCACAUUCCGCGUUCGGUUUCCCCUUUGAAAACAAUAGUCCUUACUACAAUCUCCCAGCUGCUACCACCACAUCCUCCUUCAAACCCAUCCCGCCACCAAUCUCCGUCCACAGCUUCCCUGCACCGAAACCAACUAACCUGAAAUCCUACGCAUUCAUCCAGAACUACUUCGUCAACAGUAAGCAACCCUAUCCCUACGAACCCGUCUCCAUAAUCGACCGAACCAAAACCAAUCCCUUCUUCACCCUAAACAGCGGCGAAAAACCAUUCCCACCUACCCGACAGCGGCCCCACUAUGGUCUCAAUGGGGAAAUUUUCUAUCCCAAACUAAAUAGCCACUUCAACGACUUCAAUGGGCUCCGGUUUGCGAAGAGUUUACGGGCGAACCUGACGGCGAUCCCAUAAGUGGGGAAGUAGACCCACCCAGUGUGAGAUCCAACCCAUUUGUGCUUCUUCCCGUCUCAGCGAAGAAGUCCACCCAAUGGACACACGCCCCCACCCAUUAACACGUGUAAAUAGUAUCACAUAUGACCCCUCCCCUUGUUUGUCCCUAUGAUGUGUUCGGUCGCAAGACAAGACUAACGUAUUGCUUGCAUGACCCAUUUGAAUUCAGUAAGAGAAAAAUUCAAUGUACAAAAAAGAAACAAUACUCAGUAAUUUUAGUGUCAUCAACAAAGGAUUCCAUGUUUGAUCCACCUUCACCUGGCGCGUUUAAAUUCUACCAUCUGUUCGAUUUGUGCUUUUUUAAUGCCUUAGCACUUGUUGCAUUUAUGGUUACUCAGGAUUUUUUUCUCUAUCUGGGUAAUUCCUGUCUACUUCUUAUCUUUCUGUCGAUUAUAAAUGAAUACGACCGAAUUUAUCUUCCAUUCUCUUUAUCCCUAUCCAUAUAUUCAGUUUUCCCUUUCCUACAUAAAUCAAAUACACACCAGCUGAAGAGGUGUUAUCCUUUGUUGAUAAUUAUCAGAGACAAAAAAUAGAAUCGAAUAAAAUAAUUGAAAUUUGUUUUGCAGCAAUAUCUUAUACGAUCAAAGAAUAAAUCAACUAAUUUAAAAAAAUAUUUUUAUUUGAGUGUAUAAACAUAACGAAAUAUUUAGAUUGAUAGUUCACUACUAAAUAAAACUCCAAGCUUGGAAGCCUGGUUGGAAUGAAAAUGAAGAGCGGAUAGUAAGGAUGAGAACGAAAAUAAAUUUAGCUAAAUAAACGCAUUCGGCUAUUCUGAUUAGAUAAAA